UAUUUUGAGAAAAAGGAAACUGUUUCAGUCACCUACUACAGACUUGCUGUCGUAUUUUUGGAUGACUUGUACUGCUUGCAUCCUGGUUCGUAAUUUAUUAUUUAGUGGAUUCUCAAGCCCAUCUGAUCCUAACCGCAUUGAUAACAAACUGAGGCUACCAACUGGCAGGUAUGGCAUGGAAAGAGUGAUCUAAGUUCGUUCUUUGCAGUCCCCUGGAUACUGUAGCUGAAAUCGGUGAAAGUUCAGCAGGUGAAAGUUUUUGACGUUGUUAGAAUUUCCUGUUCGCUCCAAGCGAAGGGGAGCUAGCUGGGAGAAUGGAUCAGAGAAUCGUACACGCCAGGCGUUCCGUCGCAGAAGCUCUUCGCCUGGACGAUGAACAGCAUUUGAAGGGUGCGUACCAGCAAUAUCUCUCAAGCCUUAUCUACAUGUAUCAAAUACUAUCCGCGGACUGCCAGCAGAUAAACACUCUAAGCGAGUUACGAACGAAGGACACCGAGCGUAUUCUACGCAUGGCCCGCCAAUGCACUGAUCGUGUCAACGAACUUGUCAGUGAAGGAUCCACGUCAAGUGCUACGGACACGGGCUCUACUUCAGCUAGUGCAACCAGCAGCUGCACUACCACAGCUAGUACCGGUUUGACAGGUCCACAGCAGCAUCCGACCUUGUCGGUUUCCUCCCCCGGACCUGUACACACCACUGCUGCAGUGCCUCAACAGCAGCAAUAUGUCCCCGCCACGGCUAGCAUUCCACCACAACAUCCGCAGUUUUCGCCUCUACCGACGUACCAGCAGUCCCAGGCCGGUUCUGCCAGUAUCAGUGGUGGCGGCGGUGGCGGCACACAGGAGUCACAGCAGCAGCGUGUCGCACAGCUGACUGAGCACCUGCGCUCCACAGAUGCCAGUGGAGCCAGGUCAAUGCCCGUACCCACCAGCAGCACAGCUCAGUCACUCAACACCGGGCCGUCGCUGCUACGACAUGCAUCAGCCAGUGCGUCACUUGCAACUACGUCAACUGGUGCUCCUGAGCGAGGUUCUCUGGUGGCUAGCCAACUGUCCCCAGUGGAUCUAAUGCGACAGCGCAACCAACAGCUCAUGACCUCGUAUCAGAAGAGGAUGCAGAAGAUGCACGCGUCAGGAAUGAGUGCCGCUUCCAUCACACGAAUGAAUAUGACCAUGAUGCGACAACUCCAGGAGAACAUGGCCAUUGCGAAGAGCAGGGAAGCUGCUCUCAAUCAGAAGAUUCAAGAGCGGCAGCGGCGUAUCGCGGAGGAACAUCGGCAACGCCUUGAGGAAGCUAGAGAUCCACUGGACCAUAAGCAACUGGUGCUUGAUGUUGGCAGCUUUGAAAAGAACCUGACAUGGGCGAAUGAGAAGCGCAAGAAGAUAGCUGAGAAUCCGGAAGACAGUGAGUGCAUCAGCGCUUUCAUCAACCACGUGUUCAGUACCACAGAUCACCCGCUGAGCAAGAAGCUGGGACUGUUGCAGUACCAGCUCUACCACACCCUUCUUCCACUUGCCAAGCAAGCAUCCACACCCACAGCAAACAUGCCUGCAGCGGCCAGUGGUCUAAUGACCACCAUUACCAUGCCGACACAUAGAGAUCAUCGUUCUAGCAGUACCACUCAAUCAACAGACAUGCGCAGCACUGCGGACUCUCUGUCUGUCAACACUGGGCCCCAGCGAGGCUGGAUAUUGUCCGACCCAUCGCUAGAAGAUGACGAGGGAGCACUUGCUACAGUCCUGGACAUGCUUGGUAUCACGGAACCCACUGAGAAUGCUAACGGUGCAACAGGAUCAUCUUCCACACAGGGCGAAACUGAUGAGUUGUGUGUGUCCGAUGAACAUGGAUCUAGAACUUCCUCGCCAAUGCCAGCCCCUGGCCAUAUCAGCCCCAAGGAUAUUCUGGAGUUUGGCAAGUCCUUGUGCUCUUCUCAGGAGCUGGAGUUGGCAGACGUGUGCACUGCAGCACUGACUGACAUUGUGAAAGACAUACACGGUGCAAUUCAUAUUCUCGAGGUUGCCAUGUUGGUGGUCUAUGAGGAGCUGAGAACGCCAGCGGGCCGAGACCAGUGCCAUGUGGCGAUCGAAAAGAACCUCUUCCCUCCGCUCUGGCCACACUUGCUGGACGUACUAAGGUUGUCCAAUGUUUGCAAGGAGAAAGCAUUCGUCACAGGUCUCAACCUUAGUCGUAUGAAGUCUAUGAUUGAAAUGGGCAUACCUGAGAACUUUCGCCUGGGAUCUGAUGAACUGGGUAACCAGCCAGAUGGUCAGCCAUACGUUGAAGCAAUUACUGAGUUACGUCGCAUCCCCACUCUCUCUAUACCGUUGGAGAAGCUGGAGUGUGUUGUGGCGGUUACUCGUUGCAUCUGCAAGGCUGCAGAGGACUAUUUUGUCAGCAUUGGCAAGAGUCGCAUGGAAGCGUCAAUUGGAUGUGAUGACCUCCUGCCGAUUCUCGGCUAUUGCAUCGUUCAAGCGUCCAUCCCGCAACUGACCAGCGAGUG